AUGGCCGGGACGGUGGUGAGCAUGGCGACGUCCAUGCUGAGGGGCGCCAUUAGCAUGGCCGCCUCUGCCGCUGCGACCGAGAUGAGUCUUCUCAUGGGCGUCCGCAAGGACAUCUGGUUCAUAAAAGACGAGCUCAAGACGAUGCAAGCAUUCCUAGUGGCUGCUGAGAAAACGAAGAACAAAGACUUGCUACUGAAGGUGUGGGCAGAGCAAGUAAGAGAUCUAGCAUAUGGCAUCGAGGAUUGCCUUGAUGAGUUUAUGGUGCAUGUGGGAAGCCAGAGCCGGUCUCGACGGCUGCUUAAGCUGAAAGACCGCCAUCGGAUUGCCAGCCAAAUCGGUGAUCUCAAAGCAAGAGUAGAAGAGGUGAGCAAUAGGAACACACGCUAUAACUUGAUCGCCGUAGAUUCCUCCAGCUGCAUUGACGAGGUGAAUUCCUACACGGAAGAUAUUCGCAGCCACUCAGCUAGCAACAUUGAUGAGGGAGUGCUUGUGGGCUUUGUUCAGCCUAAAGAGGAAUUGCUUAAGAUGGUGGAUUUCAACUCCAAAGAUGGUCUUUGCAAGGUGAUAUGUGUCGUUGGCAUGGGCGGUUUAGGCAAGACAACUCUUGCAAGGAAGGCAUAUGAAAGUAAGGAAGACAUUGUGAAUAAAUUUUCUUGCUGUGUAUGGGUCACCGUCUCACAGUCCUUUUCCAAGAUAGAGAUGCUCAAGGACAUGAUUAGGCAACUUUUGGGUACCGACUCGAUGAGGAAAUGCUUGAAAGAUCUUGAAGGGAAGGAAGUGCAAAUAGAAAAUCUCUCUGAGUAUCUCACAAAAGAGUUAGUGGAUAAGAGGUACUUCGUUGUUCUUGAUGACUUGUGGACCAUAGAUGCGUGCAAGUGGAUCAAAGAUAUUGCUUUUCCUAGUAGAAACAACAAAGGCAGCCGAAUAAUUGUAACAACACGAGAUGUGGGCUUGGCUGAGCAAUGCACUUCUGAAUCGCUUAUCUACCACCUUAAGCACUUGCAAGCAGAGGAUGCCAUAGAUUUGCUACUAAGAAAGAGUAGAAAAACACAUGACAUGAAAAAUGAUAAGGAAAAGAUGGCCGUGGUCAACAAAAUAGUAAAGAAGUGUGGGGGUCUACCGUUGGCUGUACUCACUAUAGGAGGCAUGCUUUCCACCAAAAAGGUCACAGAGUGGGAAAGUAUCUAUAAUCAAAUCCCCUCAGAGCUCGAGAUCAACCCUAGCCUUGAAGCAAUGAGGAGGAUAGUUACUCUAAGCUACAAUCACUUGCCAUCUCAUCUCAAGUUAUGCUUUUUGCAUCUAAGCAUCUUUCCUGAGGAUCUUGAGAUCAAAAGGAGACGUCUGAUAGAGAGAUGGAUAGCAGAGGGGUUUGUUACAGCCACAGCUGGGGUGAGGAUUGAGGAUGUGGGAAAAGGUUACUUUGAUGAGCUAGUCAAUCGAACCAUGAUUCAGCCAUCAAGAAGGAACAUCGAAGGAAUUGUUAAGAGCUGUCAUGUCCAUGAUAUCAUGCGUGAUGUCAUGGUCUCAAUUUCCCAACAUGAAAGUCUCGUGUACUUGGCACAAGAUGAUGUAACUAGUGUCACAGAGGAGACCUUCCGACAUGUAGCAUACCAUGGUGGCAUGCACCAAAAGAUAGGCAUAGAUUGGAGUCACGUCCGAUCAGUAACUGUGUUUGGUGAGAGAUCAUUGGGUCAAUCAGCUUCAGUUUGUUCACCUGACAUGAGAAUGCUCCGGGCCUUGGAUCUAGAGAAUGCACGGUUUCAAGUCACACGGAAGGAUAUCAGCAACAUAGGAUUACUGCGCCACUUGAAGUAUGUGAAUUUUUCUAAUCCUCAAGGAUGUUCAUAUAUUUAUAAACUUCCUAGAUCCAUAGGAAAAUUACAAGGCUUGCGUAGUUUGAACAUAAGAGACAAUCACAUUGCAGCACUACCAACUGUGAUUAGUAAACUCAAGAGUUUACACAGUCUCCGUUGUACCAGAAGUAAUUCAUAUGUAUACUUUGACCUGAAUGAACCCACGGCAUGCUUGUUGAGCACAUUUUGUUGGCCCAUUUUUUUCACACCUGUGUAUGAUCCUAGUGAGCGAGCUGAGGUAGUUGCUGAUCUACACAUGGCCUGGUCUAGCCGUUGGUCUGAGUCAAGAGGUGUGACGGUGCCAAAAGGAAUCGGCAAACUGAAAGAGCUGCAAAUACUAGAGGUUGUGGACAUCAGCCGAACUUGUUGCAAAGCAAUUAAAGAGCUAGGUGAGCUUGUGCAGCUGAGAAAACUGAGCGUGGUAAUACAAGGGGCCACCAAGCAAAAAUGCAAGGUACUCGGUGAUGCCAUUCAGAAGCUCAGUUGCCUCUGCUCCCUUAAAGUGAAUGGUUCACUCGACUGGCUGCAUGCUGUUUCAUCUCCUCCUCCCCUGUUGAGGAGCCUGAAGUUGGAUGCAUGCCUUGGAGAGGUUCCUGCCUGGGUUGGCAGUCGGACGCAUUUGGUGAAGCUUUACAUAAGGCACAGCGUAAUAAAUGAAGAAGGUAAAAUCAUGGAAAUACUAGGGCCACUUCCCAACCUCAUGCACCUUCAUCUUGGAGGGGGCUCUUAUAUUGGGGAGAAGUUGGCGUUCAAAACAGGAGCAUUCCCAAUUCUCAAGAAACUUGAAAUUACGUUUCUGGGUCAAGUGAGAGAGUUGAAAUUCGAGGAGGGCACCUCACCCCAGCUCGCAAUGAUAGAUAUCAGUCGGUGCCAUUUGGCAUCAGGAAUUAUUGGAGUCAACCAGCUUCCAAAGCUCAAGGAGAUCGCACUUGGUUCCGAUGUUCGAGUGGCGAAGCUUGCUAUGCUGCAAAGUGAAGUGGGUGCACAUACCAACAGUCCCGUGCUGCGACUGUCCAAGGAACGGAGAUACCACGACCUUGGGGGUGUCGUCGUCCAAGUAGAAGAAGCAACGGAGGAAUCAUCAUCUAUCCAUCCCGAGCAUGCAGCAGCGGGAGAGAGCUCGGGAGUGGUGACAACAAACGUCAAGAUGAAGCAACGGAGGGGGAGGAAUCCAGCAGCAGUGGGGGAGAGCUCCUCCUCGCAGGUGGUGGUUGUGACGACGACGACAAUGCUUGAUCAUUGGUCCAUGCUGCUCUACUCUGUGUUUACUAGAGAUGGUUCAUUACUACUCCCUUCGUUCGGAAUUAGUUGUUGCGAAAAUGGAUGUAUCUAG